UGCGCUUUUGGGAAUAGGAAAAAAAAGUGAAAACAGAACGUGCGCGUUCCCGCAGGCCGGAGAGUCAGAGCGCAGUAAUGGCGGAGGGGGGAGGAGGAGGUGAAACGAGCCCAGUAGCGCCGGACCGGACCGCACGGACACCGUCACCCCGGCCUACACCGGAGCAGUCGGACAGGCCGGACCCAGAGACACAGAAAGCCGUUUUGGGAGAGUUGUUGAAAACGCAGCUGAAAAAGGGGGAUGAGUGGUAUCUUGUCGACAGCCGGUGGUUCAAGCAGUGGAAGAAGUAUGUUGGUUUCGACUCGUGGGAUAUGUACAAUGUGGGGGAGAGCAGUCUCUUCCCAGGGCCUGUUGAUAGUUCAGGCCUUUUUGCAGACUUAUUGUUUUACAGCAAGUUAGAUUUGAUUUUGUCAUUCUUUUCCUAUUUUCUCCAUCUUAGAAGUUACGGGUCAUAUAAUUCAUACAAUUACAAGGAGCCUCAGACCCUUCCAGGUCUCUGUGGACUCAGCAAUCUUGGGAACACUUGCUUCAUGAAUUCAGCACUGCAGUGUCUUAGUAACACCCCACCACUAACAGAAUAUUUUCUGAUGGAUGAAUAUGAAAAGGAGAUUAACAGAGACAAUCCACUUGGAAUGAAGGGAGAAAUUGCGGAAGCCUAUGCAGAGUUGAUUCGACAGAUUUGGUCAGGGUCACACAAUUAUGUGGCCCCUCGGAUGUUUAAAACCCAGGUUGGCCGCUUCGCUCCCCAGUUUUCUGGCUACCAACAGCAGGAUUCUCAGGAACUGCUUGCUUUUCUCCUGGAUGGCCUGCAUGAAGAUCUAAACAGAGUAAAAAAGAAGCCAUACUUGGAGCUUAAAGAUGCCAAUGGCCGACCUGACUCGGUAGUGGCCAAAGAAGCAUGGAAUAAUCACUUACUGAGGAAUAACUCCAUUAUCGUAGACAUUUUUCAUGGCCUCUUCAAGUCUACGCUGGUGUGUCCAGAAUGUUUUAAAGUCUCUGUGACCUUUGACCCUUUCUGUUAUCUCACCCUUCCCCUGCCCAUGAAAAAAGAUCGUACAAUGGAGGUGUUUCUGGUUCGGGGUGAUCCUCUGUGCAAGCCUAUCCAGUACCGGCUGAUUGUACCAAAAAUGGGAGCCGUAUCGGACUUAUGUUCAGCGCUGUCCAAACUAUCGGGAGUGCCUGCUGAAAACAUGGUAGUGACAGAUGUCUACAAUCAUCGUUUUCACAAAAUCUUCCAAAUGGAUGAAAUGCUGAGCCACAUCAUGGAAAGAGAUGAUCUGUUUGUAUAUGAAGUGAAAACUUCCCGGUCCGAAGACUCAGAAUGGAUCACAUUGCCCAUCUGUUUCCGAGAGCGGCGAUUUCGGCAAGCAACCUCGGCUGGUACAAUCCUGUUUGGGCAACCCCUAUUGGUCUCUGUACCAAAACGUAAUGUCACAGCUGAAAUUCUGUACAACAUUGUGCUGGAGAGAAUCCAGCGCUAUAUAAAGAUGCCGCUCCCAGGGGAGUAUACGUAUUUAGGUGCUGAAGACCAAGUCUGCAAUGGGUCAAAUGGGAUAUAUGAAGAUGAGGAGAUGGAUCAUCAAGAGGAAGAAACCCAGGAUGAUUCCCCAGAAGAAUCCAAUGGUCAGUCCGAGGACAGUGUAGAAGAUGAGAGCUCCGAAGGCGGGUGCAGCCCCUGCAAUAAAAUGCCAAAGAAAGCCCAAGAUUACCGCAAGAGACUGUUCAGCUUCAGCUUGGUGAACUCCUAUGCCACUUCAGAUGUGGGCUCUAUGCCUGCGGAGGGAUCCUUCCUGAAACUCACCUCCUAUUCUACAAUUGCGAUUGAUUGGGAUUCUGAAACAAAGAGAUUGUAUUAUGACGAUCAAGAAGCAGAGGCCUUUGAGAAAAAUGAAUCAAUGCUUCAGACACAGAAGAAGAAGAUAACAGUAGCCCUGACGGAUUGUAUACAGCUGUUUACAAAGACAGAAACUCUUGGGGAGCAUGAUCCUUGGUAUUGCCCAAAUUGCAGGAAGCAUCAACGGGCCACCAAAAAGUUUGAUCUGUGGUCUCUUCCUAAAAUCUUAGUGGUCCAUUUAAAGCGCUUUUCAUACAAUCGCUACUGGAGAGACAAGCUAGAUGCUGUGGUUGAGUUCCCUAUAAGGAACCUAAAUAUGUCGGAGUUCGUCUGUGAUCCAACUGCAAGUCCAUACGUAUACGAUCUUGUCGCUGUUUCAAACCACUAUGGUGGUAUGGGCGGAGGACAUUAUACAGCGUAUGCAAAGAACAGAGCAAAUGGAAAGUGGUAUUAUUUUGAUGACAGCAGUGUUUCCCCUGCUUCUGAAGAUCAAAUUGUGACAAAAGCUGCCUACGUUCUAUUCUACCAGCGACGAGAUAGUGAUAGCCCUAAAACCUCUUCUACGGAUGGCUUAAAUAUUUCCACAAAUGAUGACUCUGAGGGCCAAGAAGGGCAGAUGGACACAGACUAGUGAUCCUGACCUUUUGCCAUGCAGUAAACUAGCUGCACUCCACCAGACACUUUAAUCCUUUCAAGUGAUGCGUGGGAUACCUGAAUCAAAUCUCCGUCUUUAAGCUCCAAGAUGUACAUACUGCCCUAAAAACUAUAUCUAGCUCAAACCGCAGAGGAGACCGACUUACUAUGGAUUAUUAUUUCUGGAAGCAAAAGGGGGAAAAUUAAUUUACAAAAUAUUUAAUCCACACACCGUGCUGAACAAACCAUUUGCAUUUCUGAUAUUGGGCCCCCCAGAGAGAGAGAGUGGACAAGUCAGAACAAAUAGGGAAUCCUACAAAAAAAAGACUAAUUGGUAAUAUAUAUAUGGUUUAGUGACCUCUAUCUGCUCCCUGUUUGCUCUUGCCAUGGGGUAUUUAAUCCCUGGGUUGAAAUGUAUUUCCCUGUUUAAUUUGAACAAAUGAACACCAGCAGCCUUUGAAAAGUAUAUUUUUUAAUACAAAGUACUGUAGCACUUGGUAUGAACUUUCUUUCCAUGCUGCAUGGAGGUUUAUCGUCAGAGAUCAGCGCCUUUUUAUGCCGAUAAGGAGAUGAGCAAUUUCUGAAUACGUGGAUAAGAAUUGUUUAAGGCAAACAUCACAGGAUUGCAAAGAUAAUUAAAUUCUAAAUGGAAAUGCAUCUGCUUAGGGAGCAGGGCUUUGCGUUUUUCCCCACUUUAUUUUUUUUUUUUGGCUUGUAUUUAUUGCUGUUUAAAGCACUGUACAAUGUAUACAUUUGAGGAUGUGGUUUACUAACUAAUGUGGUAAAAAAACAGCCCUUUACCUCCAUCAGUUCUGCUGCCUGAUUCAGUAAAUGUGCUUUGACGGGUAUGAUAGUGUUUUGCACAACUCUAUAUUGCGUGGGGUUAAACAAUAUACCGCUGAUAUUUCAGAUGACGUUACUCAUCCUGCGAUAAGGUGGGUGUCUGCUGUGUUGCAACAGUAGAUGGUUUAAAAGGCCGUGUAAGUGAUGCUGUAACUUAAAACGCAUCACUUAGUUUCCCUUUAAGCACAUAAUAAAACUGCUUAUGUUACUGUCUUCGCAGGUUUAAAGGGACAUGAAACACAAAAAUAUUAUUUUGUGAUUGACAGGGCAUACCAUUUAAAAAAAAAAAAAGUUUCCAAUUUAUUUCUAUUAUUAAAUUUGCUUUGUUCCCAUGCUAUUCUGUUUAAAGAGCUAUCUAGGUAGCAUCGAAAGCACUACAUGGCAGGAAAUAGUGCUGCCCUCUAGUGCUCUUGCAAAUGGAUAACAUUCUUGCAAAACUGCUGCCAUAUAGUGCUCCAGAAAUGGGCUGGUUCCAAAGCAUAAGUCUUUGCUUUUCAACAAAAAAAUACCAAGAGAACGAAGACAAAUUUAUAAUAGAAGUAAAUUAGAAUCUUGUUUAAAAUCUCAUGCUCCAUCUGUAUCAUGAAAGAAACAUUUCAGGUUUCAUAUCCCUUUUAAAGGAACAGUUAUUUUCUUUUACAGAUAUGCAGACACUACAUAAUGAAGAUGCCAUUUGUGUUAUUUUAUAAAUGACCUACUUUUGCAUGCACCAUGAACGCUCAUUGCUUCUAGUCAUAUCAAAUAGUAAUUGACAAGCUAGACUGUUGAGUUGGCCAUAAUAACAAACCUUUGCAAAGGAUAUGUCAUUUUUGUUUAUCCUGUGUCUAUAUAUUUGAAUAAAAUUUCAAUAAUUGUGCCUCUUUAAAGGGACACCAUACUGUAAAAAUGUGUUUUCCCUUCAUCUGUUUCCAGUGAUUUGUUAUACCAGCUGCAGGAUAUUAAAUGGGGAAAUGCUACUUUGUUAUAUACAUAAUAGCUUGCAAAAAGAGAAAAUAUAUACACAAAGGCAAAUACUUAGGGCAAUUAAAAAGUAGCAUUUUACUACCAAUCUCUCCCACCUCAACUGUGCUUGUUGCCUUUUGUUAAAGGGACAGUCUACACCAGAAUUUUUAUUGUUUUAAAAGAUAGAUAAUCCCUUUAUUACCCAUUUCCCAGUUUUGCAUAACCAACACUUUUACAUUAAUACACUUUUUACCUCUGUGAUUAACUUGUAUCUAAACCUCUGCAAACUGCCCCUUUUUCAGUUUUUUUGACAGACUUGCAGUCUAGCCAAUCAGUGCCUGCUCCCAGAUAACUUCUUGUGCACGAGCACAGUGUUAUCUAUAUGAAAUACGUGAACUAACACCCCCUAGGUUAAGCUUCCAACUAAGAAUACCAAGAAAACAAAGCAAAAUUGGUGAUAAAAGUAAAUUGGAAAAUUGUUUAAAAUUACAUGCUCUAUCUGAAUCAUGAAAGUUUAUUUUGGCCUAGACUGUCCCUUUAACAUAGCGUCCCAUAGAGAAUACUGCUGUAUUCGUAAAUUUUAAUACGGGCAGUGGUUUCAACAGGCAAAGGUAGCUAUUUGAACUGAUGAAAUAAAGGUGAAAUUUAAUACACUCCAGCUGGUAAAUCGAAUCAUUGGGGACAUGUUAAAUCAGAGAUGAAAUUGACAGUAGUUGAUUUAUCUACAAAGAGAGGUUGGGCUGUGAUGAGUUAUUUAUUUUAAGGGUUGAUACAGCCAAUCACAAGUUGUAAUCAGCUGUAAAGGAUAUGUGCUGUGAUAACGUCUCUCUCUCUCUCUAGGCUGAAGCAAUAGUAAUCAAAUUGAAGUACUUCUUGUACAGAUCAUCACACAGUAACCCUUUGCCAGUAAACCAUCUGAUUCGAUGUAUCACCUUUAGCUAAAUUAGAAAGACCUUUUUCAAUUAAGCAGUUUUAUUAAGUACUAAAGAGAACUGAAGUGAUGCAUUUCAAUCAAUUAUUUAAAUGUCCUUUUAAUAACUCCAAAUAGACACCGGUUAUGUAAAGGGUCACAUUAAACUUUUUUAGUAGCCUGCAAUCAGAUGUUCUUGAGCAUAAACAAGCUUGGCAAAA